AUGGCGGAUGCUCCUAGCAGCCACAGCACAGCCCCUGCCGAGACACCGGAUGAUGGCGAUGCAGCGCAAGAGUCUGCUGCGCCCGUUAUCCAGGCGCCUGCUACAUCCGCUAAUCUGCCCUUGAGACAAGCGAGAAAUGCAGUCGGUGGCUCACAGCCAAAGAUUCAUAAUGUCACGGAUAAGUUCACAAGGGCGUGUAAUGGCAAGUUGACCCGUAAUCCGAUAUUUGGAGGGGCAUGGCGGGGCAAGGGCCGUCACCAUGGGCCCAUGAUAUAUGGACAAGAACAUUUUCGAACAACAACUAAUGAAUGGAUAGCUCUUGAAGUCGGUCAGCUUGUUAAAGAUGAAUACUUUACGCUGUUUGAAUCUAUUGGGGCAAUCGAGAUCAUGGAUCCCAAAAUGGACUCCGGAUUCCUAGAACCAGGAGAGACGCUGGAAGAUGAAUACGAUGCCCUAGCUCCACUUCUACCGGAAGAGCUAAUCGGAAUCAUGGAUCAGCUGCUCUGCUACGAAAUGGCCUGGCACACAGGUUACCCGCUAUCCCAAACACUCUUCACAUCAUUGUAUAUUGAUAAGCUGCUCUGGCCCGAAACUAGAGUCCUGGAGCAAUCGCAGUUUUACCGUGGAGGUAUUCCAGACGACAGACGACCGGGGCCGUUGCUGCAGGUACUCAGGGCGUACUGUCUAGCGGUGAUCAAGGGGUGCGAUUAUGUGAUUGCGAAGAUUACGGGGCGGGAUUACUUUGAAGAGGAGGAUUUUUGUACGCAUACGUAUAAUCGGGUGUUGUUUGUUAGUGUGCCGAUGGAUGUGUUUCUGAGGGAGUUGGAUGCUGGUGUUGAGGUAUUAGAGGACACCGACUUGAAGAUUGAUGACACACUCCGUAAAGCCAUCCUCUCACGACUGGAGUUACGAAAAGACUUUCUCCGUGCUCUGGACUUGGACCUCCCGCUCGAUCAAAUAUCCCACUCCUGGCCGCUCAUAUUCCAAGGCAUCGAUGCAUUAAAAACUACACAUCAACUCGGCAAAUCCGUACCCGGAGCAUUUAGCCCCAAAAUGCAACGACGACUCGCAUCCACCGUACCCCCCCGCCCAGUCGUCGAACUCGACUUCACAGACGCCCUGUCCAAACUCCACCACAUCGCCAGCGACUGUUCUGAAGCAACGCGCUUCGUGGACCUCCCCCAAGACCCCCUCGAAUACCUCUCUUUCCUCUGGCACUUUGCCUCGCGCAACCCCCCACCCCUAGCCUACGCCCGCUCCUACCUCUCCACCCUACUCUUCCACCCAGACGUCCUACACACGUCUUCGUCCCUCCCCCUCGCCGACUGCAAAACCCUCGUCCUCUCCGCCUCCCCCGUACUCGACCCUGUAAACUGGUCUUUUUCACCCCCUCGCAAUCCUACUCUGCCCAAACCGCCUCGUCUCCAGUUCGCACUGCUCAUCGACGAGUUUGUGGAACGUGCGGGACAGGCGUACAUGGACCUUUGGGUUGCGGUGGGCCAGAAUCGGUGUCGACUGAGGCGUAUGCUUACGCAUGUUAUUACCGGCUGGGAUAUGUUACAAGCGGACGCCAGUCUCAUCGACGCAGAUAUUGCAGCCGCAGCAUCGGAACUAGGUGUCAGCGAGCAAAUCAUGGAGUUUAGCCUUUCGACAUGGGUGUACCAUCACAAACUCACCAUGAUACAGAAAGUCGUCCUCCUUGGUUUCGAACAAGACAUCUAUCUACCCGACGAAUACUGUGGCAUGUAUCUUUUCCUGUCCCUCGUCGCCGGUCGUCGUAACGCGCUGCUUCAGCGUGUUCAAAGCCACUACACCGCCCAGCACGCCCGCGUCAGCAAGUCGCCCAGGGAGCUCCGCGAGUUGCAGGCCUCGCAAGAUUAUCUCAACAGUCUACUAGCGGAAACGGAAGCAACGGCGUCGUUGGCGAAAGCGCUGGCGACCUUCUACAUGCUGCUUUUGUACGCGGGCUUAUUAAACAUACCCACACGACCGUUUUCUUCGGAGAAAUUGCGGUAUGAAGUGCGCAUGAAACCUUUCCUCGCCCUUGCGCCGGUGGAGGUGUUGGAGUGGGAGGAGUUUAGGGGUUUGAUGACACCUUACGGUUCAUUUCCUCCUGCGUCCACGUCUACAUCUACAUCCACACCUACUCCAGCAUCACCACAACAGGAAUCCCAGGGGAUGUCAGCGUUCAUCAAGGCCGUGGCAGACAGCGAUUCGGAAAUCUGGACAGAAAUCAAUUCAAACAUUCGCAACGCAAAAUCUGCACUUCAGGAAUACAAACGGCUUGGUGUUAGAGCGGCCAAGGCGGAGGGUGUGAAGGCAAGUUGGGAGGGGGAGGUGCAGUGUUUGGUGCAGAGUUGUGUUGCGUUGGGUUUGGGGGUUAAGGGGGUUGUUGAUGCGGUUGCGGUGGGGGGAGGUGAGGGAGGGGGUAAAGAGGGGCUUGAGGAACUGCGAAAAAAACUCCGUAUUGAGAUUCCCGAGGCGGGGAAGAGGUAUAGUGAGGGGUGGGUUGUUCCUAGAGUUAUUGCUGUGGUGAGUGAGGGAACAGCGGUGUAG